CGCCAGGCGAUGCCCCCUUGUAGACGCGUGGGGGGUCACGUGGGGGCGGCUCGCGCAGCGGCGCCAGUAGCGGCGGCGGUAACGGCCGCCCGGCGCGGCGGCCCCUUCCCGUGGGCCAUGGACGGUUUCGUGGGGCGGGCGGCGCCGCGCCCCGCCGCGCAGGCGGGCAGCGCCCUGCUGCCGGCCCUGCACCUGCCCCUCCUGCCGCCGCACCUCUACCGGCCGGCAACUUCCCAUGAAUACAAAUUAAACUUCAGGAAGAGCAAGGAAGCGUGUUUAAGUUACAUUCAGGAUGCCAUGCUACAAAAGCAGUGGAAGAGGGCUGCAGAGUUUCUGACCUUCUAUAUUGAGUCAUUGGAGAAAGACUUUUCUACAGAAUAUGUGGGUCCUUCAGAGAUGAUUUGGAGAAUAGGAACAGAAAUCUUGUGCCAUCAUUCGCAUAGCAGCAUGAAAGAGUUCAACUCUUUUAUAGAACAGAUGAAAACUUUAGGAGUAAAAAGGUAUUUGAAGGUCUGUUUAGAGCAUGCCUUUCAUCUCCUUUGUAAUGGACGAACAGAUGAAGCCUACCAAAACUUGUCCCUGGCAGAAAGCUGGAGAUUUGGAGAGCAAACAACUGCUCAGGAUAAAGAACUGAAACUGAUUCAGGCUUACAGAGGACUGUUGGACUACUAUAGCUGGUCUAAGCAGAAGAAUGUCCUGCUAGAGUAUGAAAGGGGUGGAUUUGAAGACUUGUCUGUUGAACAGGAAAUGCACAGUUCCUUCCGGAAGGCAGCAGUGAACUUAAAGGAGAUCAUUCAAAUACCUGGAGUCUGGGAUCUCUUUGUGAAAUGCUAUGUAGAUUUGUUGGAGUUCUACGGGGACCAUGAUGAAGCCCGCCAAGUGUUAAGUGAAUAUGCCUACAACUCAAAGUUUCCUGCUAAUCCCAAUGCUCAUGUUUACCUCUAUCAGUUCCUGAAGAGACAUGGUGAACCAAAGAAGUCAUUGAUCUCUGUGCUCAAGAUUUUGCAUGAUAUUGUUCCCUCUCAUGAACUAAUGAUAGAUUUUAAUAUCAUGCUUCAAAAGUCAAAGAAAAGAAAAAAACGUCGACUGGGGCUAGAGGUUAUUUUUGCAGCCUUGGAUUAUGCUGGGUGGAAGGAAAAUGUAAAAGCAUGGAGUUGCUUGGCAAGACAAGUUAAACAAAUUAUAAUCUCUGAGAAGCAUCCUGACUGGAUCAAGCAGGAGUGGAACUCCAGAAAGGACUGGUGGCCGACCUUCCAUUUUAGCCGCUACUUGGCAAAAAGGAACUGGCAGGAAAAUGAAAGCCUUGCGUAUGAAAAAGCUGUGGUGGCUGGAAUCUUGCUGGGAAAGGAUUGCAAGUACUUUAAAUAUGUAUCACACCAAGGCUGUAAAGAUCAGAAGAAAAGGUUUCGGACACUGAAGAAAUUUGUGAAUAAGCACAGUUCUGUCUACCUGAGAAUAUCUGGUCUUUCAGAUUCUUCUGUAUAAACUUGAUUAGAUAUCCUUAAGGUUCUCGCUGUACCUUUUCUUCUCUGUGAAGCUGGGUUCUGUAUCAGUGCUGCUCUAAAACUUCUAGGAAAACCCUGUCAGCUCAGUGCUAGACUUUUUGUAUGUUUCUGUAAACAGUUUGAUUUGUAUUUAUUUUAUAAUGACAUAUGUCAACUGAUAAGGUUAAAGGAUUUCUUUUAA